AUGACCGAUUGUGGUACGGCAAGAUACUUCCUCGGAAUACGAAUUGACUACAACAAGAAGAACGGAAUAAUGAAGUUAUCACAAGAAGCGGCAGCUACGAAGAUGUUGGACAAGUUCGGUCUAAGCAAUUGUAAUCCUACGCAUACUCCUAUGGAAAAGGGCCUUCAGUUGACGCACGAUGGAAAUAGGACCAGUCAUCCCUAUAGAGAACUUCUAGGCAGUAUCAUGUACCAGAUGCUAUGUGUGGGACCAGAUUUAUGUUACCCUGUUAAUUAUAUGGGACGUUACCAACAAAAUCCAACAGAGAGUCAUUGGACAUCUUUGAAACAAGUCACCAGAUACCUAAAAGGAACAACCACGAUGGCAUUAAUUAUCAAAAAAGGUGAAUCUAGCAUCCUGCUGGAAGGCUACGUAGAUGCGGAUUGGGCAAUAGACGUUGAAGACCGAAUGUCGGUAACAGAAUUUUCAUUCAAGGUGUACGGCUGUUCCGUUUUGUGGGCCAGAAGGAAACAAGCCACAGUGUCCACAUCUUCUAGUGAAGCUGAAUAUGUUGCUUUGAGUGCAGCUGUAUUCGUUCAAGUCGUUGACGAGACUGAUGAAUAA